GAUCUCAAAAACUUCAACGGCACUUACAUGAUACCAGGAGCAAGGUUCAUCGUGCUCCGAGCUGCGGGAGAGAUUGUCGGCAUGGUCGGCUAUCGACCGUUCGAUCGGCGGUUCACGAUUGACGACCAUGUUCGGAGCGAGUUGAAGUUUCAGGACCGAAACGUUGUCGAGAUUCUCAGGCUAUUCGUCGAGGAAACACACCGAUCCAAGGGACUCGCUUCCAUGCUCAUCGCAGAACUUGUCGACAGGGCCAAGGAGGAUGCAGUCGACAUCAUGUACCUGCACACGCACACGUUUUUGACCGGUGCGAAAAACCUGUGGGAGAAGAACGGCUGGACUCUCAUAGUGGCAGAUGAAGAGCCGCCAUGGAACACCAUCCAUAUGUCGCGGGAUGUACGCCUUCAGUAG